GCGAACUUUGAUUGUAAGAGGAAACAUGUUGUUUAUUUCGCAUGUUUUGUUAUAAUGUCAGUGUUAAUGACACUGUGAUGGAUAUACCAUCAAAGUCAAUGUUGUUUUUCUUGUGAGAUAUUCUUUACUACAUUCCAGAGGACUACAGGUUUCACACGUCCAGGUUUCAACAUGUAGCCUGAUUCUGGGCAACUUGUGUCGUCAGUCUGUUGACUGUGGGCCUCUGAGUUUUUGCACUGCUUGUGGGACUGUUGUGUUCAUUAAACACCCGAUCUGGCUUUACCCUAAUUAGCUACGUCUUCAGAGUAACAGCUAAGGAAAUGUCCGACCAACAAAGUGACACAUUGAAUCUGAAGGCCAGACUAAAAGAAGAAGCACAGCGACAGCGUGCCAUUCAAGCCAAGAGACCAGAAUUAACUCAAGAGAAGCCAAGCGUUGGACUUUUUGAUGAACCCAAAAAGAUUCAGAACUCCAAAGAUGACCAGACGUACAAUGAAAUAGUGCGAGUUCUUGGUAGGUUUGACAACAUCCAGCCCUUUGUGCAGACUCUGAACCAGACGCAAACACAGCAGCCUGUGGUGGGUGUGGUCGAGCAACCCCAAACCCCACAGAUCACUGGGAAAACAUUCAAGUACAGCAAAGCCGAAGUGCCUAACGGUGCCGUGCAAAAUGCCCAGUUGAAGAAAAGUUCAGUUGAAAGACCAGGUCACGACAAGAAAUAUUCAGGAGUGAAAUCCAAAGCUGAACCUGGUCAGGAUGAAAGUAAAACCAAGUCUGAACUCACAGUUGGUGAAAUAAGAUCGGGACACAAAUCCAAAGGCAGCAACGAAUCAAAAGCGGGACGUGAUGCAAAAGUCAGUAUUAAUAUUGGUUACAAGGGUAGGGUGGAGUCAGCGAGGGAGGAACGUGCAAUAUCCGUGUCUCCGGUCAAGUCCACUUCUCAUGUGGUGUCCAAAGACUUGCACAGCAAACAAGACUCUCAGACUCCCAGUCCUGGUGUCAAGAGCAGACCGCCAGCAAAACCUCCUGCUACACCGCCGCUGAAAGAAAUAACCCCUUCCAUCACAUCACAGGUAGAGUCACCCAUUCAUAAAGCAUCUAGUCGACCACACUCAUCUACACCGCUGAAAGAAACGCCACCCCCCAACGGAGUCGUCAAGAGACUGGGAAAGGAUGAAACAAAGAGCAGAUUGCCUAAACUCACCAUUCCACUUGAGAACAAGGAUCUUGGACAAGGAGGAAAAGACUUGGAUGAUAUUUUCAAGGAAAUGAUCCACAUUCAGCCUCCGCUGACUGGCAUCAACACUCCACACACUAAAGUGGAAGAAACGUUUCCUUUUCCAGCCAAGUACCAGAACAAGGAUGGGAAAGUUAACAAUAACAACCACAGCAAAGAGAAAGGUACCCAGGAGGACAGUGAGAAAACAAGACCCAGUAUAAGAAAUUCACUGAGCCGUGACUUGGUCAUUAGCAGUGAUGAAAGUGAACCAGAACAGCCUCCACCCGAGUGCCAGUCAAGUAGGAAAUCUCCCAUGAAUGCCGUGGGCAAGAGACGCAUCAGCAUGUCGUCGAACAGUGAUGGCUCGAGCAACAGCAGCGACAGCAGUUCUGCGUCGGACAGUGAUUUGUCAAGUUCUGAGGAUGAUGAAGGAAAAGAUGACAAACCAUCCCCAUCAGCUUCCCAGACUCUUCCAAAAUCACCAGCCAAAGAGUCACAGAACUGGGGAUUGCGUACUUUCAUUGAUGCCGUUAAGCAAUCAUCACCAGAAGCCCCCAUCCCUUUGGAACCCAAACACUCUGCACCAAAGAAGAUAGACAAAACCAAUGAAAACCUCCUCGAAGAACUGAUAACGACGGGCAUUUCUCCACAUAUAACACUGAAAGAUAUAGGACCAACUGUUUCAUUGCCAUUUAAUACUGACCAUCUCGAUGGCAAGGAACACAGUGACAAUAUCUUUGACAUGCAGUUUGCCAAGGAUAUGGAGCGGUCACAGAAUGGUGUGGAGUCUAUGGACGAGAGCUCGUGUCUUAAUGCUGACUGUAAUAGCAGCAGCAGAAAUAGUCUUGGUUCUCCUGGGGCUCUCAGCUCAAGUAGCAAUGUCAGCUCCAGGCAUUCCGGCAAGUCCGGGAAGCCAAACAGCAAAGCACAUCGUAGGCAGAGUAGUGCUGCAGAGAAAGUGAAUAAAUCGUCUAAGUCAGAUGGGGUGAAAAAUUCUUUGAAUGUCAGUAAAAGUAGUGCUAAUCUGUCGAGAGAAAGGACUACUCCGACGAAACACUUGAAGAACAGAAAUGUGAUGACCAGUGCAGAAAAGAAACAAAAGUGGAAUAAUGUCAAAUCGAAGGCUUGGAUAUCGGACAGCGAUUCCGAGAGCGAUUUCGUCGAUGUGGAGACCGUCACCCCGGAUGGGAAGAGCACUGGUUUGCUGUGUGAUUCUAUGAUAGACGCGAAGAAAGCCUUGGUGUUGAAGAAGUUGUUCAUGUCAUCAAAAGACGAUGAUUCUUCUUCGUCUUCACAAGGAAGUGUUCCAUCCUCAACCCCAUAUCUAGGCGAGAAAGUGAAUGCGAGUGAGAGAGUGUGUGUGGACAAUAAGCAGAAAGGUCACAGAAAGAGCGAGAGGGACAAAGAAGUCAAAAGCAGGACUGAGAACGGUUGUCAUUCUGACAAACAUAUUGAUGAUAUUAUACAGUCAUUACAAACCACAAAGGAAUUCAAGCCUCCAGUCUUGUUAUCUCCCAUCCCGCCAUUUUCAUCUCCCAGCCUCGAACCAUGUGACCACUUAUCAUCAUCUCACGUGCCGGGUGUGACAUCAUGCUCGGAUGGGACCCCAUCCAUUAUUGUUCAGAUUAGUCUGCUGUUGUUAGAUUGUAUUCCUGCCAAAGACUAUUCCCAAAGUGCUUCAGGUGUUGUGUCCCAGUCUAGUGACAUGUCUGCUCAUUCUAAGGUGCUUACGGAUACAGAGUUAGUUACUGAUGCCAAAAGUUUGCCUUCUUCACACACUAAGGAUUCUCUGUCUCUGAAUUCCAAGUCAUCUGAUGUUGCAUAUUCACAAAAGUCACUUAAACAACAAAAUGAUGCGGAGGAUCACUAUUCAGAGAAAGUUAAAUCGCAUUCUGAUGUCUCAGACGUGGUGCUUUCAGAAAAGCUAAAGGUUAAAACAAGCAGUUCACCAGACAAAUUAAAAUCAAAGACAAAAGUUAAUGAAAGUAAUUUGUCAAACAAGGUGAAGUCUGGUUCUAAACUAAAUAAUUCAGAUAGUGUGGAAAAAGGAAAAUUAAAAAGUGAUCUAACUCGGGAUUCCAUAGAAAAGAACAGAUCAAAGUUAAAUUCUAAAGAGAAUGAGUCACUAGAGGAAAAGAAAACAAACACCAAAGUUAGUGAAAGUAGGACCCCUGGUAAAUCAGAAUCGGUUAUAAAAGUGGACGAUAAUGUGUCACAAGUGAAAUCAAUCACAAAACUCUCAAGUAGUGAGUCACCGGAAAAAGUAAAAUUGACUACAAAAGUGGCGGAAAAUGAAUUACCCAGUGAAGUGAAAUCAAAUAAUAAAGUGUUUUCCAGUGAUUCAGAGAACAAAACCAAACACAGAUCCAAAUCUUCUUCCGAGUCAGUCUUGUCAGAGAAAAAGUCGCAAAAGAGAAAAUCUGACUUGGAUCGAACUGAGAGCAACAAGCGACAUAAAGGUUCUUCCAAGUCAAACAAGCGACCACCAUCAGAGGAAAAUGAAAGAAUAGAAAAUGGUAUCAGUGUAAAAGAGGAUGAGGAAAAGACAAAUUUCUUGUCCAAGCGCAGAGGAAGUACCUCAAGUAUAUCUAGUCAGCAUAGCAACUCCAAGAAAGCAAAAUUUGAUGCUAAAGUCAAAAAAGAGUCCCCAAGUCCACUAAGGUCAACACAGGAAAAAGAAACCGUCGUACCUCAUUCCCAGCAAAAUGGUGACAGUCAUUUGCCAUUUAACUCAUACAGCGAAGAGCACAAUCAUAUAGAACUGAAGAAGGAAUCGGCCAUUGAUGGCUGUCGGUCGCCCAUCAGCAGACAUCCACUUGAGAACAAGUCAGUCAUAAAUUUGGAAUCUGCUGAUAUCCACAUGGCGAAAGCGAAAGAGCUUAAACACCAGGCUGAUAAAGAAAGGCCAGUAAAGAUAUGUCGUUACAUUGAAUCAGUGUUGCAAUUCAUUCAGUGUGGUUGUGCAAUGGAGCGCGACCAGCCCAGUGAACCUCACAAAAUAUUCAAGAUGUAUCACGAAACGCUACAGUUGCUGAAGUACAUCUGUCAAUCUAAAGGCAGCCAUGAUUCUGACAUGCCAGUGAAAGACAAGAAAUUAUCAGUAUUAAUUUUACGAAUUCAGUCUUUACUCUGUCUGAAGCUAUUCAACUUGAGAAGGGGAGAGGCUGUAAAAUUCAAGAAGAUCAUUGAUCAUGACCACAGUAAGUCGGCCACACCCAAGGCCCCAGCUCAUGCACCGUCGCCCCACCAAGGAGGAUGGAACAGCCGCAAUACUGGGACCCCGUCGCCCAUGUCACCGACCCCGUCUCCUGCAGGAAGCAUUGGCUCAGUGGGAUCACAGGGAAGUUGUGAUUUAUCCUCAUCAAAGCUGACCAAUGGCAGCCAAAGCUCGAACGCAAUGACCUCGCCGGGUAUGGUGAUGGUAUCACAGAGAAUACAUUCCGUCACCCAGCAGUACAUCAACAUCUCCAACUUUGCUGUCCAGUGCCAUGAACUGUGGGCGCAAGCUGAAGCUUUAGCUCGGGAGUCACAAGAAUUUUUUGCUGAGCUGGAUCGAGUUUGCAGGCCACUGACCCUCCAUAGUAGUGUCUUAGAGUUCGUGUAUUAUGUUCAGCAAGGCCUUCAUAGACUGCAGGAUACAUAACACAAACUAAUGGGUCACCAUAUGGCUCAAACUCUUUGACACAAACUGUAAAGAAUUGCUACCUAACAAGGUGACAUGUUCGUUGGGGUUUCUGUAUGCAAACCCAUUGUUUUGCUCCUAAAUCCAGUUGCUAGGCAGCUGUGGCUGUGAUGAUCAUGUUAUGUGGGUGCCUAGCAACCAAGUGCUUUUACUGUUUACAGACAACCAGGAUUUGUACUGUUGAAAACCUAUUGCUAGGCAACCAGGUGCUGUGUUUGAUGUCUUGAUUACCAACCAUUGGUCUUUUUAUGUUGUGUUAUUCAGUAAUAAUGUGCUAAAUAAUAUUUUAUUCUAUGCUUGGAAUCACUGAAACCAUUUCAUUGUGCAGGAUUAGACCGUUUCUCAGUUCCAGAACAAUGUUUAUCUUCUUCUGGACUCCAGACAUCGGACAUAUCAUGUCUUCCAAUGGUCACCAUCAUUACGCAACUUGUCUGCCAGCUCCUACUCAACAGGGAACCGUGUCACGACACAUUGCUUUGUGGCGUGUGGCUGUAAAACAGCCAUUCUCUCACCUCAGCAUUGGAAAUACAACAGAAGACUGUCGGUGUUCCAACACCCGAAUUCAGUGAUUGUUGUGUAUUUAUUUUAUUUAUUGGUGACAGACUUGUCAAACCCGAAUCACUGGUCUACUGCCAACUUACACUGUUGAGUAUGGCUGCUGCUGCCGCCGCCAUUAUGAGGGUCUUGUUAAAAACUGAUGGUCUCAACAGCUUACCUGUACCUAGUCUCUAAGAGGAUCGUUUUCUUCUCUCUUUUUUUUUUUUCCCCUUUAAUACCGAGAAUCACACCAUUUUCUUCUCUGCAAGAGAAGAAAGAGAAACAUUUGCACCAAAAUAUGCAACUCUUGAUUGAUGCACUGUGAGUAGGGUAUUCUCCAAGAAUCUCAACGCUGUAUUUGUAAUAAACUGCUUCUGAUGUUUUCAGUUUUAGCUACAAGUGAAGAUAGCCAAUACUUAUGUUUUGUAUACAAGACGUACACAGUGCUGUAUGUUUUAACUGCUCCCCCGGGUAGCUAUAUUGUUUACUAUAGCCAGCUAGCUUUUUUUUUUGCUUCUUUUUUUUUUGCUUUUUUGGUCAGAUCUAAGAAAUCAGCUUUUUAAAGUUAAUGACUGAAUUAUUUCAUGUAUGUGCCUUUGCUAUUAACCGAGACAACAAAAAAGGCUGUGUGUUUUUGUCAGACAGCAGUCUGUUUUUGUCAAACAGCAGUCUGUUUUUGUCGGACAGCAAUCUAUUUACAUGUAUGCUUACAGUAUUUAUUGUCUUGCCUUUACCAAGUGAAGAGGUGUGACACAGGUAUUACUUUUCCACUGGUAGCAGUGAUGGUCAUGGAGUCAACUUUUGCUUUCAGUUCAAUAUCAAAGUUUUGUGUUUAACUCCCCAUUUCGCACAAACUAUAAGUCCUGUAUUUAUGAAACAUGCUUUAUAGUUGCACCUAUGGAUGUUCAUCACAAUGCAUGUGAAAACAAAUUAAAAUUUUAAAUGAAUUGGGUUUUUAAAACUUUUUUUUUUUCUUUUUUUUCCUUAUUAUUUCUUUUUUCUUUAACAUGCAAUGAAAUGAAGAUCUAUGGAUGCAGUUGUCAGCAAGAUCAAAUAAGUUAGGGUAGACUGUACAUUUAAUUCCACGAAAUUCUUAUUACUGAUUUUAUUUCAUAUAUUUUUGAGGGUUUUUUUCACAUGCAGUAAACAAUAGCCUCACUAUUCUCUUGAGAAGCAAGGUUUCAUGUAUAUGUUUUCAAGUUUAAAGGAUGCAAAUUACUUAUUAUACUCAAGCAAUUAGUAUGUACUCUUAGAAGUCAGCAAAUCAGACUUUGACAAUUAGUUGACAGGUGGUGUCCUUUAUGAGGUUAGGUUCAUCACUUGAAGAUCUGUCGACAAGCUGUUUUUAUUUUUAAAGGUACAUAGCCGACUAAAAACACUGUAUGAUACUUCUGGGUGGAAACGUACACUUUGUUGCUUACAAUGUUUAUUUGUGUACAUAUUGUCUGUUCUUGGUAGUCCUUGGGGAUCUGAGAAUGUAUGGGUUAUGUAAAAACAAAUUGCUUUGAUGUCCUAAAUUUAAUGCAUGAAUUAAAAAUGGGUUAUGUAAACCUGGACUAAAAGAUCUUAGAAUUUUGAGAGGCCUGUACCCGUAUUUUUGAAGCUAUCUUAGCUAAGUCAUAUUGCAGCUAGUUAAGAGCAAAAUACGAAUGUCGUAGAUUUAAGAUACCACAGAUUUUUAAAGUUAUCGUAAAGUUCUCUUGAUGUGUUGUGAUUUACAGUAUUUAUCUUACACAAAAAUGGGAACUCUUAUUACAUUUUUCAUGUACCGGGUAAGUCAUUUUAAAUAUUUGUUUUGGAAAAGUUUAAUGUCUAUUUUUUAGUGAAAAUGUUAGUUUGGGACAUUUUACAUAAUAUAUAUAUAUCCUAUUGUAAGUACUUUUGUUUAUGUUAUCGACACACACGAACGCUGUCUAAUAGAUGAAAAGUCACAUGGUAUGGCAUGCGAUCGUUAAUGGCAUACAAAAGGUGAGGGCAAUCUUGAAAAACUUGGUUUACGAAAGUGGGGAGCUGUAUCUUCGUCAUUAUCAUUCACAGUAUCAUGAAAUAAAAAGUAAGCCACCAUAUUAGUUCCUAGUCUACGUAGGUAAGAACCUGUCGUAGGAUCUAUGAUGUAUUUACGAUAUUGUGGAGUUACGACAGAUUUAUGAUAUAAUAUAGCUAAGAUGGCUUUGAUAAUACUGGCACCUGGUUCUAGUGUAUACAAUUCUAAGCUGAAGACAUGGCUUUGAUGUGAUAUCUUGGCACUUGUCACAACUUUGAUAAUACUGGCACCUGGUUCUAGUGUAUACAAUUCUAAGCUGAAGACAUGGCUUUGAUGUGAUAUCUUGGCACUUGUCACAACUUUGUAAUACUGGCACCUGGUUCUAGUGUAUACAAUUCUAAGCUGAAGACAUGGCUUUGAUGUGAUAUCUUGGCACUUGUCACAACUUUGAUAAUACUGGCACCUGGUUCUAGUGUAUACAAUUCUAAGCUGAAGACAUGGCUUUGAUGUGAUAUCUUGGCACUUGUCACAACUUUGAUAAUACUGGCACCUGGUUCUAGUGUAUACAAUUCUAAGCUGAAGACAUGGCUUUGAUGUGAUAUCUUGGCACUUGUCACAACUUUGAUAAUACUGGCACCUGGUUCUAGUGUAUACAAUUCUAAGCUGAAGACAUGGCUUUGAUGUGAUAUCUUGGCACUUGUCACAACUUUGAUAAUACUGGUUUUGUUUGAAAGCACCUGGACCUGUGGUUCCAGAACUUUAAUUUCUGAUGAUGUGAUACAUAUACAGUUUGUGUGGCCUUGCCAUGGUGUCGAAGUCUCAAUUAGAGUGUGGAGUGUUAAAAACACAGGGCCUGUUUUUAGAAAUACAGUACAUCCGCUGAAUCACCACGAGGCAUGUCAGUUGAGAACACUUGAGCUUAUCGACAUCAUAAGCAUAGACUAAGGUUGACGACAGUCACUUGUCGCAGCCUUGUUUUGACAUCGUACACAAUAACUAUAACAUAUCUUACCGUAGUUUCACUUAAAAUUCAUAUUUCGUAAAAGGUACAAUUUUUUUUUUAUCACAAGAUUUUCUUCAAACACAUUCAUGUGCAUUAGUAAUAUUCAAACCAAAAAAUUUCAAUAGCAAUUUUGCAUUGUAAUUUUUCCAGUGUUCUGAAAAUGGAAAUCUCAUGUACCCAGUUUAUGGUUAUUGUGAGGAGAUGCAAAGUGACGUCAUUGGAAUACUGACUUCAUUCAAGUUCAAAUUAACUGUAUUAAUUUUUAAAUGCUUUGCCACAUUCAAAUGAAAACGGGCCCCGUUCCAUGAAAGAAUUGUAGCUAAGGUUAAUUGUAGUGACUUAAAGUGAGUUUUACAACUGGCACUGUAAACUUUGCAGCCAUUCCACAAACCAGCCUUACUGUAGUCGUAAGUACACCUUCAAUGAUUAAAAUCUUCUGUGCGAAGAAGUGCAAACUAGUUAAAUAAUAAAUUGGUUACCAACUUUUCUGAACAUCUUGGAUGUAUUCAUUGGUAUCUGACAUCCAUGAAGAAACUUUUGUCUGUUUAUUUGCUAAGCGAUAAUUGCCGAAUGCAUAAGACAUGAGUUAUCUUCUGUAUUUUUGUGUGAAGGUUGUACGGCCUAGAAAGUUUUUCAUCGAACGCCGAGUUGCACAAAAGUUAUUUGGUAUAUAUUAGAUCCAUUUUUACAUGAAAAGUUAGUAUCCUUCUUAUAAAAUAUUUUUUUUACAACAAUAGUAAGCGAUGCCACAUGGAACGGGCUGGUGAUCGUAGAAAAAUAUUAAGGUCGCAAUGGUAGGUAUUUACGGCGAUAGUAGUACUAAGAUCGCUUCGUGGAACGGGGCCCUGGUCUACUAACCUUGACCCCUGUCAAAUUUCUAUAACAAGCAGACAAGGUUGUUUACAUGUUGGUUUGUGUUUAUUUUUCAUUAUCCUGGACAAAAUGUUAAGUUUGAGUUUUAAAAGGAGGAAGGAAAGAAAUGUUUUGUGUAACGACACACUCAACACAUUUUAUUUACAGUUAUAUGGUGUUGGAGAGUUUUAAAAGAAGAAAUAAAUAAAAAGUACCUUUUGUCAAAUAUUUAAAAAAUUACUGUUGGAUAUGUUUUAUUUAUCGUGUACAAAUCCAAAACAAGGGUGCGAAAAGUGACUGUAGUUUACCUUAAUCUAAAAACAGGAUUUGAACAUUUUGUUUUGUGAAAUUUCAGGGCAGAUGUAUCUGUGAUUAUGCUCACAAGUAGAUUUCACAUGACGAGAUGUGUUGAAAAUCACUAUUUUACGUGUAAGUAACAAAGUGUUAAUAAGAAAGGGUCAUACAGUGUUAUAACAGAACGAAGUACUUUUAACCAUUGCUUGUCAUGUUUCAUCUUUCAGAAGAUGAGAAAACCGUCUUACUCAUAAUCUUUACUUUGAAAAUAACCUCUUAAAAUGGCACUACAACAAAAACAUAUUUGUUACUAAUUAUGCAUUGUUUUAAUAUGUCAUGCUAUCUAAUGCAAGAACGUUUUUGAUUUUCUAUUGGAUUGAUGAAAUAUGCUUUACCAGUACCGUUACACGUCUACCUGUAACUUGUUUAACCAAUACUAACUGUGAUUUACCUGCCCAUCAUAGCUGCUAUUAAUACAUGUAUAUUCUUAGUUACAUGCAUCUUUGGAGGAAAAGAAAUUUUACGUACUGAUUAAAUUUGGUCGGAAGCUAAUAUUUAAACAAAACUAAGUUUUUAUGCUUAGGAUGGGGUGGGAUUCUUAAUUAAAAAAAAUAAAUGUUUUCAGUGUUGUGAGUGGCAUGAUUUUGUUUUUCGAUCUAUGCAAGUUACUUGAGGUAAAUAUCCCUGUGGCAAAUAUAUAGGUUGUUUAAAGAUGAGUGAAUGUUAAUUACCUAUAGCUGGAAUCAUUUUGGUAGCAGAAACAAGUCUGUUUUUAUUUAUUAUAAAUUUUUUUUUAAUGAAUUACGGUUCAAAGGAGUUUUAGAAAAAGUCAGUGAAAAUAAAACAUGUUUAAUAAAUGAGAUGGAAUGUCAUCUAUUAAAAAGAAUACCCCGAUAAUAAAUAUAUAUUAAUAUCAGAUAGGCUGGGCUAGUGUACAUUAUGUAGUUGUUUGAGCACUGUUAUUUAUUUCUGUUUAUCAUUGUAUGUACUUGCAUGUAUAAUCUAAUUAUACACACUCCUAGAUAUACUCUACUGUUUUCACACUGUACAGAAACGAUUCUUUUGUUGUAUAUAGUUAUUAAACCUGUGCUGUUGAUUAAAGAUUCCGUUAAUGA